UCCUCUUGAGCAGGGAAGAGUCACCAGCUGGUACUAACAGGUUCUAAACCAUCCCCCCGCAAGCACAAGGGUUUAUUCAUCCCUGGUAGUAAAUGUUACAGAGGGAACCACCCAACCUCGGGAGUGCCUGUUGUUCUUUCCCUCAGCUGCCAAAUCUUGGAGGUGAACAGGUUUUGGGAGUGAACAGCAACUCUGCCCCAUGUCCCUGAGCUGGCUCUCCAUGGCCACCAUCGCAUGCUGGGUAGGCCUGUGCCAAUCAACAACCUGCCAGCCAAAGCCACCUCAGGGCAGGGUGACCAAAUUCCGUCCAACUCCCGGAAAAGAGAGCUUCUCCUUCUCAGCCAACAUGGAAAGUUGUUUCCUGGCUGAAGAUGCUAAAGAUCUCCCUUUAUAACCAAGAUGUGCUCGCUUUGCCAAACAGAGCACAGCACCUGUCCCUUCCUAUCCCAUUUGCUGACGGCAACCCGGACAGCGUGCAAGCCAAGGCACUGCCACCCCGCUUCGCCUCCUCUCGAGGCAUCUGCACCCGGCGCGGUCCGGACGGGAUCGCAGAACUCGCACGGAGCCGGCUCCGCUCCCCGCCGCCCGCGGUGCCGCAGCGCUAUGCCAUGCCGUGCCGCUCGCAGAGCUGGAGUUUACUGAAGAUGUCACCCAAGGGUUUGGCAGGAAGCAGAUACAACUUUGACCAAAAUAACUGAGGUCUGCUCCAUCACAAGCCAGAGCUCCUGAUAAAUGUUUUGCUGUCCUUGCCCCUGGAUAAUGCUGCUAGCCAUGUCACCAGUGUGUCCAGCACCUUCCCUCCUGACUUCAGACCAAGCAGGCACAACUCCAGGAGAGAACAUGGUUUCCAUGAUAACAACUCUGUGGCAAGUAAUUAUUCCCAUGAUUGUCCUGUCCCACUUCUCAGCUUCUCUGCCACCCUGGGACAGGACGGAGCGCCACGCGGACGGACUCUUCCACAGUGAACUCAGCAAGAUGAACGGCAACGCCUACGUGCAGCAGCUGGUCAAGAACCUGGUGGGCCUCAAGGACAGGUCCCAGAGGCACUCGGAUGGGCUGUUCACCAGCGAGUACAGCAAGAUGAGAGGCAACGCCCAGGUGCAGAAAUUCAUCCAGAACCUCAUGGGCCGUAAGCGCAGCUCUCCUGGCCCGGUAAACACAGACAUGCUGGGGAGAGAGGGAGUAAACAACACUGAGGAACUUUGCUUUCUCUGGUUGUACCAGAGCUUUCUAAAUACCAGCCGCUCGGACAGAGAUGCCAGGGAGGCUGCUGCCAUUACCAGCCAGUACGUUUGUCCCUUCUCUAAGCAGCUGGUUGCAGACGUGAAGGAAGAUACAGAUGGUUCUGAAUGAAGAUACAGAUUGUUCUGAAUGAAGGUGAAGGGAAAGAAACAGCCAAGGAGACAGCUUUGCACGUGUAUAGCCUUGAAAAUAAACAGGGAAGCUCUUGCUUAGGAAAAACUCUUGAGAUAGACAAAUAAAUAAAAAUAAUCCUGGAAAGCCGUCAAAAGCCUAUGAAACCUCUGAGAUUAUCCGAAGUGAAAUGUACGUGGGUGUCUACUGCUGUCAGUAGAGGGAGCCGGGGUGAAACACAUCCCUUCCACUCUGUGUUGGCAUCUGGCUGCCUGCUGCUGAUCCCAAAUAAAAAUGGUUAGCUGUG